UUUUUACUCGUGUUUUUAAGUAUGUCAUUUUAAAUUUUGAAAAUUAGUAAUUCCAUAAAUAAAAUAUGACUUCCGAGCAAGUAAGUUGCGUUUUAUUUAUUGGAAUUCUAUGUAUGUUUGUGGAUAUCUUCUAUCGGCUUACAUUAUGGUUCAUUUUCCACAUAUGGAAACUUGUUCAACGCUACAAUGCUGAUGAGGAGGAUUUCGAUGAUGACGUCGUUAACAUCGAGGUGUCUCGGCAAAUACUACUCCAGGGCGGUGAUGGAAAUUGGCACAACCUGCGAGCCAUGAGACGAAAUAUCCUGGGUGAAGAAAUUCCGGAACCAGAAAUACCCUGGCAUAUAGUUCAUGCCGUGAACACCAGUAUUAUGAGACAUCGCAUUAGACCAGAUAACAGAGUUCAAGUUAGACGGGCAAAUCGACCAUAUUGAAAUAAUUUAUUAAUCACUAAUUUUAAGGCAUUUGUUACUUUUUUAUGUUCAAAUCAGUUUAUUCACGUCUACAUUUAAAAUUGUCAGUCAUUCUAUUUUUUGUUUUCCCAGCAUAACAUUUACAAAAUCUGC